ACGCGCCCACCCGCAAAGCAGACGGUCGCUCCGCUGCCGCCGCUGUUACAGCCCUCGUCCUGGUAGCAGCUAAUGAUAGCCUACGGACCCGUUGAGUUACGUUAAGAUGCGUUCAAGCUCUCUUCAGUAAAAAUGAAUAUUGGGCGAAGCUCAUACUGAAUCCCUUCAAUCAUUUUGUCAACUAAAAUACCAAACACAAAGCUUGGGGAGCUCUGGAAAACUUGUCCCCAAUGAGGAACCUGCUUGGCAGAAUGAUCACAAGAUGGCUGCAGCACUGAGAGUUAUACUUGGAGUAGACAACGCAUCAAAAAUAACGUUGCCCAAUGGCAUGCCAGAUUCAGUAGAGGCUCUCGAAGAAGAAGUUAAAAGACAAUUCAGAUUGCCUGGAAAUAUCAGACUGCAGUACAGAGACAUUGAAUUUGACAAUGAGUUUGUGAACUUGACAGAGAUCUCAGAAAUCAAAGACAAGAGCACAGUUAAAGUAAUUUACUCAACAGAUGAGUCGGACACAACCACACAUCAACCUGUUGAACAGUGGUUAAAUGACAGUUCAUUGUCCACAGCAUCAGACACAGAUAUACUUUCCUCCACUGAAUCUACAUCUUCAGGUUCUUCCCUUAGAUCACAACCAUGGCCCCAACAUUUCCAGAUUCCUCUGUUUAAUUAUGAGGUACAGAUUCAGUUGGAAAGGGCCAAUCAAGCCUUCCUGAACAGUGGUACUCUUUUGAGUCCAAGUCCCAAACUAAAGUCAGAUAUACUUGAUGGUUUGGCAUCAGAAAUUGUCAAAUACAAAGUUUAUCCUUCAAAUUCAGAGUUCGAUGAUGUUGCCCAGGCCCUGAUAACAAAGUAUCCUUGUUUAAAGGAGCAGGGAUCAGUUACUGGCUUCUAUGGCUGGAAAAUUAGUUUAAAGUAUAAAAUGGCAAACUACCGCACAAGACUGAGAAACAUUGGCUGUCCAGAGUUGAGCAUCAACUCAGUCAAAGAAAAGCGAGGUGCCGCGGGUCAAAGUCCAAACCAGGUGAAAAGGCCAAAGAAAGCGGAGGUCAACUUCUGUCCUGAUUACCCAGCAGGCGAAACCAAAGAAAGCCUUGAGAAGGAAAGGCAAGCGCUGACGUCAGAGGUGAAGAAGAAGAACAACCAUCAGCUAAUCAACAGUAAAAUGGAGAAAACCUUCGCCUAUAGGAGACGAGAAGUAAUUGAAGAUAUGCCCUUCAUAGCCGAGUUCAAAAACAGAUGGCCCGCCCUGUUUUCUGAGAGUCAGCUAAAUGCAGAGUUCACCCGCAUUACCACAAUCCCCCUGCUGUCAACCUUUAUGGCCCAACUGGAUCAUUACUCCAGCCAACUGAUGAAGGUUUUCAAAAAGAAGGGAGGAGCAGCAGGACGCAGUAUCAGCCAGAUUAUGGCAGCCAUGGAUCAGAAUCCAAGCAUUGAAGUAAGGCGGGAAUGCAUCCUAAAAGGGUUAUGCUUAUACUUUAAUGAAGAUCCUGACAACCUUGUUAAGAAGUGCAUGGAUGUUGAUUUUGCUGGACUGGAGAAAGUGGUUUUGGGCAUCUACAUUGUGGAACAGGAGGGAGCAGAGGCAACAGAUGCACCUGAGGAUGUCGGCAUCAUCAUUGAAGGCUGUACAGUGCUGCAAGACCUGCGAGAUGUGGCAAAUGGCUGCGCAGCCCUGUUUGGCCUGAUCUACAGUUUGAACCUGAGCUAUCCCAAAGACCUGAGAUACACUUUCGAGUUUUUUCAAAGAGUAUUGAUGGGAUUGGAUGGGAACAAGCUCUCCACGAAGGUGCAGGUCCUCAAAAACAAGUGCUUUUGCAUUGUGGACUGAUGCUGGACACAAACGUUUCAAGACAUUAUUUUGUUGGUCUGUUAUUGUUAUUGUGACCAAAAUGUCACCAAAUGUUUGAUUUUCGUAAUGUUAUCUCCACAUGCCUAAACUUCAGUUGAUUCAGCAAAAUGUUGUUGCUGCAUUCAGGUGUGUUAAACCUGUAAGAUUUAAAACAUUAAGUGUGCGUGUGUGUGACAAUAUCAAGCUCCAAAUCUCUUCAUCUGUGCUGAAAAAGGGCAAGCUAACAGAGGAGGUCUUAGCACAGACCCAGAUAUAUGGGUUGUUCAGCCCAGUGUGUGUCCUAUUGUCUGGCACAACUUGUGAGAGGAAACUUCCUUAAGUGUGUGCGCGGCACGCACAUGCGAAAGUGGUGUGUGUGUACAUAUUAUACACGUGACUUUAUUUGUAAUAGUCUCACUAAUGCUUCAAGACUUGAGUAUAAUAAAGGUGAAUAAUGAAAUUUCA